AUGGGUCUUGAGACUGGUCAGGAUGCUCUUGCCCAUGGUUGUCGUACGGUUAAUCUCAAGGACACUGAAGCAUGCACGCAAAGUGGGCAAGACGCGAGAGACUUGCUAAUCUCCAGCCGUGUUAUGCCUCAUGACGAAAAGCUUUUGUGUUUGAAUCUAUGGCGUGGCGGUACUGCCAGUGCCUACUCCAUGACGCAAGAGAACGGACCGAAAAUUGCGCUCAAAAUCAUGAGUAGGUAUGUUCGAGUGGGUAAUUCUGCAGCAGUUCUGUCAGUUGGCGUGUUGGCCAUGCAAAUUCUGCGUCGGGAGGCAGGCGUUGUCGUGCUUCUAGGCACUCAAGAUCCUGGUGAUACUCCUCAAAAACAUCGUCUACUGGUCCUCAGUGACAUGCCGCAGCUCCCAGGCAAAAAGAAUUGGUUCUCCCCUGAACAGUCAAGGAUGAUCUAUAUUUUAUGUGCCCCGUUUCUUGACAGCACCACAAAGAGUUUCGAAGCAAGAAUAUCCGCAGCAGCUCAGAUGGCUAAAAUCGUGGCGAGAUUCCAUCACAAACUCCUGGUCCAUGGGGACGUCAAGCCGUCGAACUUCUUCGUAUCCGACAAUGGAAUGGUGCUCCUAGGCAACUUUUUGUCCGUGUUUCUGCGAGGCGAACUGUCUAUUAACAUCAGAAUGGCUACCCAAUUUUCUGACGUGUGGGUGGAGCUGAAUCAGAAUUCCUACAUACUCGCCUUCACGACCUACUUCAUCUGGUGUAGUCGACUACCAUGGGGAAUGCCCAUCGAUGAACGAGCUUACGACAGGAUCGUCGCCCCCCUCGAUCACAACAGGCCAGAGACGGUAAACUUCGGCAACUGCAAUGAGAUGCCCUCUGGCAUCCAGCAGGACAUUCAGGCUCUUCCUAGCGAAAAACCCCAGACAGCGUUGACUCCUGAAAGAGCCCUUGCUGAACUGAAAAUCUUCAAGCCCUAUCCCCCCGAAUCUGCUGCACAUGCACAGUGUACUCAUUCAUGUGAGCACGAAAAUGUGGACCGCUCUAGGAUCAGGAGCAUGUGA